AUGCUGCGAUGGAUCGAGAGGUACUGGACAGUCCAUGUCGCGCCCGAGUCCACCGACGAGGUGGAGGCCGAGCGGUAUCUGGUCGUGGUGCCGACGGGGGUGGCUACGAUCGCGCCCGUCAAGUGCGUCGAGUUCAGCCGAUGGCAUCUCCUGGUCACGUCAUGCUUUGCCAUGUUUGCUGCUGGGACGCUUGCCGCGUACGCCAUCCUUGGCGAUGCCCUCGACGUGCACUUUUACGCGGCCAAGACGGGCGAUUCCGCCACUGUGUUGUACCAGACGUACAUUUGGAUGGGACUGUGCGCAGCAGUUGCGGGGCCGUUCGUGGAGCGCCGAGGUCCGCGCAUUGGCAUGGUCGUUGCCACGGCGAUGCUUACGGUUGGAUUCACCCUGGCGCAGCUGGCUGUCACGACAAAGUGCCCGGCGUUGCUUUUCAUCGGGUAUGGCGGGUUUUGCGGCGGCGGGUUUGGAGUCGAGAUUGUGUCGACGAUGGCGGCGUCCCAGAAAUGGUUUCCCGACAUUCGCGGGUUGACGGCGGGAGUGUGCAUGUCUGCGUUUGGCAUGGGGAGCUUUGCCGCGGCGUGCACGUACAAUGCGAUAUUGCAUCGCAAAGGCAGCGACGAAAGGGCUGCAAGUGCACGGCACCUCCCGUUUGUGUUUUCGUCAGCAGGACUGGUGCUCGUGCUGCUGUCGAUCGUGGCGACGCUGGUGAUCCGAACGCCUCCAGUUUCCUUCACCAUCAAUGGCCACGACACCCACGGCGUCCCAGCCGGCAAAGCGCCGAGUCCAUCGCUUGUCCAGGACGCGUACCUCAGGAACGGGAUGACGCUGGUCAACUACACUGCCGUCCGAGAGGCGGUCGAUGGCACGGACAUGGCGUACUUUAAGCAAGUCAAGGCGCUGUCGCUCAUGCAGUGCAUCUGGUCGAUCGACUUUUUCUUCCUGUACGUGGCGUUCGCGGCCAGCAUCAUUCCCGCGAUGGUGUUUUCGAGCGAGCUCGUCGAGCUCGCGACCGUCGUGUUCCAUCAAUCGGUGGAAGCGACAAACACGGCGCGCGUCCAGGGCUUGAGUACGUUUGUGUGCAUGGCGUCGCUCACGGCGUUUCGAGUAGUCGUGAUCUUUGCAGGCCAGCUCGUGAUCCCGGUCAUGUCGGACUUGAUCAUUCGCAUCUUCUACGCCAACCCGGCAUCCGCUCGCAAGAUCAUGUUCUUCGCCGUCCUCAGCGCCCAACUCGGGUCGAUGGUGGCCCUCUCGAACGACCACAUGACGUUCGAGUCCGUGAAAGCGCUCGCGUUUACGUUUGUGUUUUGUUCGGGCGGGAGCAUGGCGCUGAUCCAGUGCUUCAUCACCGACAUGUUUGGCGUGUAUCACGCCGGCACGAUGUACGGGCUCAUCGUUACGUGCUGGUCGUUGCGCGCGGCCAUCGUCGGGUAUGGCUUUGCCGAUUUUCACGUGUCCCGCGAAUCGUUCCUGCGCCAAAUGCAGUGGAUGCUGGUCGUCGUGGCGAUCGGGUGGGUGGCCCUCUUGCUCGUCCGGACCAACUCGAUCGAUCGGUUCUUUGACGGGUACAAGUAUUCGAUCUGUGGCAAAGUCGUGGUGCAGUUUAGUUUUGCUCGCCGCACGCCCCACGGCAAACCACACGUCGACAGCGAUUCCGUCACGGUGGUGGCGCCGUCGUCCGGCGACUGGAAUGGGUACACGAUCUGGGAUGGCUACGAUGAGCUCCGAACGAGUCAUGCCCACCAACACGAAGCCCAACAAGCGUUGUAGAUUUCUAAGCCUUGAAUCGAUCUCUUUCUG